AUGAAGCUCGGUCUCUGGAUCGGCGCGGCGAUUGGAGCCGUGGCGCUAUACGUGCUUUCGCACGUCUGGGCUGCCUUGAAGUCGCCCCUGAGGAGCAUCCCUGGACCCUGGAUCGCACGAUUCUCAGACAUCUGGUAUUUUGCAGCUGUGCAACGCCGAGGACAGACGUUUCAAGAGACCAGCAAGCGCUUGCACCAUCAGCAUGGUCCCAUUGUCCGCUACGGCCCGCGUAGGUUCAGUUUCAACGACCCUGAAGCGGCGAAAAUCAUCUACAGCCACACGCGGCAGUUCCCAAAGUCUUCCUGGUACGAUGCCUGGCGUAGGCCAGAGGGCCACAACAGCUUCGCGGACCGUGACAUUAAGCGCCAUGCGUCCGAACGCAAGCUCUUCCAGAGCACCUACAGCCUGUCUUCCCUAGUGGCUUACGAACCUCACGUCAACCUGUGCGGCGACCUGUUGACCCAACGGCUGGACGAAUUGAUUGGCCAGAGCCCACACAGGGCUGGCGCCGUUCUCAAUCUGGGCCACUGGCUGCAGUGCUACGCCUUUGAUGUUAUCAGCAGCAUCACCUACGGCCGCCGCUGGGGCUUCCUCGAUGCCGGUGAGGAUGUCGACGGCCUUAUGGCGGCGCUCGAUAGUAGAAACUACUAUGCUUUCGUCGUGGGCAUUUAUGCUUCGCUACACCCCUACCUGUUGCCGCUCCGCAACCGCUGGAUGGCCUGGCGAGGAGCGGGGGACGUUGACGCUUUGAUCGGCUUUACCCAAAGGCAAAUGGCGGUCUUGCAAGAGGGCGAGGAAGCAGACUAUAAUGAGGAGAGCAGUGGCCUUGGGCGGGAACCGUCCUUUCUUGCCAAGUUCUGUCGCCGCCACCUUGAAAAGCCUGACGCCAUGCCGAUGGCUAGUCUCGUCUCGAUGUGUCUGGUCAAUAUGGCGGCCGGUUCAGACACGACGGGCAUCAGUCUGUCAGCGUGUAUCUUUUAUCUGCUCAAGAAUCCUGGUUGCCUGGACCACCUGCGGGCCGAAGUCGACGCUGCGGCGCAGGACAACCCUGACCACCUUCCCUUCAAUGUGACGCAGAACAUGCCGUACCUACAGGCAGUCAUCAAAGAGGCCCUGCGGCUGCACCCAGCCGUUGCGAUGCCUCUGGAGCGCGUCGUCCCUCAAGGUGGAGCAACCAUUGCGGACAAAUUCUUUCCAGAAGGUACAAUUGUGGGUGUUAACCCUUGGGUCCAACAUCGGAAUCGCGCCGUUUUCGGGCAAGAUGCAGACGAGUUCAACCCGUCGAGAUGGUUGUCAGAGGACAAGGAGCGUGUUGCGCUCAUGACGCGCUCAUGGAUGCCUUUCGGCAUGGGCACGCGCACAUGCAUAGGUCGACACAUUUCCCACCUUGAAAUCUCGAAAUUGGUCCCCCGGCUGGUGAGGGACUUUGACUUCUCGCUCGCUGGGGGGCUGGAGCAGCCGGGCGCUACGUGGAGAAUGGACAACGGCUGGUUCGCGAAGCAGCGCGGGUUUAUGGUGGCCGUAAAAAGGCGACAACGAUAA